CUCCGAGUGGCACCGAGGCGACCAGCGGCUUGUGUGGACGCGGUGCACCGCGGUCGACGUUCGAGCCCGCCGGUGGUCACCCAGCACCGCAGCGCCGCCAGAUCCGAUACCUUGCACCAGCAUCCGCAUCCUGGAUUAAAUAAUCUAUAUAUUCCAUCUAUUUAUAGAUUACAUAUUUAGCACAUUUGCAGCCGUCUGGGGACUUCCGGUUGGAUUUACCUUUUUUACACCAUUGCUGGUCUUAAUGACGGAGUAAUGGAACCCAGAGAGAGCGCAGACCCCACGUCAGCUGUAUUUCUCCUCCGUAUAUGACAUGAAGAAGGAUGCUCCGCUUGACCUCACAGCCAGAGGAGUCGCUUCCAGCAGGACCUUGCACCAUGAGUCUUCACAGCAUAUGCACUAAAGUGUAAAAAGAAUCUCAACGUUACCUCCUCUCAAUCUGUGGACCCUCAGGAGGGAAGCAAAGACCACUGCCUGCCAACUAUUUGACAAUUUCCUGAUGUGAUCGGCGUCAAGACUGUUAGCCGCAACGACUGUUCUCCUGCUACUGCCCUUGUUCCUUUAGAAGCAUAUUUUUAUAACUGUACAAUAUAUAUCUGAAUAGAUCUCUAAAAAGAUGAAUAGGAUUAUCGGAAAUUAGUCCAACCAGACUGAAUUCCAAUCAAACAUCUAUUUUUUGCAAUUAUGGAUCUCCUCAGUUUUUGUAUCAAACUGCAAAUGUUCCUCAGCACGUGUAUGGGAAUGGAAUUUUUAGGCACACCAGGUCAGUGGGCUCGCUACCUCCGUUGGGAUGCCAGCACUCGUGGUGACCUCAGCUUCCAGUUCAAGACGGAGUUCUCAGAGGCGCUGCUGCUCUACUUCGACGACGGCGGCUACUGUGACUUUCUGCAACUGGCGGUGGUAGAAGGUCGACUCCAGCUGCGUUUCAGCAUCGACUGUGCCGAAACGACACUCGUGUCCGACAGACGGGUGGAUGACAGCAACUGGCACUUUGCAACUCUGAGCAGGUAUAACCUGCGUACCGUUCUGGCCCUCGACGGACAGGCCAAAGCAGACGAGGUGCGGCCUCAACGCCAAUUUAUGAAAAUCGUCAGCGACCUCUUCCUGGGCGGGGUGCCUCAGGAUAUUCGCAGUGGUGCCCUCACACUGCCCACAGUGCGAAACAUGCAGCCCUUCAAGGGUACAAUCACGGACCUUAAAUAUGGCAACUCGCAACCCCGGUUCUUAGGAAGUCUCAAGGUUCCCCUGGAGUCCGAGGGGUGGUGCACCGUGAACCCGUGUGAGAAUGGCGGCACGUGCGCAGUGGUGGAUGGAGAAGCCGUCUGUGAUUGCUCCAAAACAGAAUACAAGGGCCGCUUCUGCACCGAAGACCUCAACGGCAAAACACCAGGCGUUGCACACAUGAUGGCAGAACAAGCUAAAAGCAAAGGUACAGCCUUUUCCAAAUCGUUCCUUUUCCGACAUUAUGAAAAGCGGCGCUUUCUCUCACGAGAAGAGAACGUGGCCACUUUUCGUGGUUCUGAAUACUUCUGCUACGACCUCUCCCAGAACCCAAUCCAAAGCAGCAGUGAUGAGAUCACGCUCUCCUUCAAGACGUGGCAGCGCAACGGCCUUAUACUUCACACGGGCAAGUCGGCCGACUAUGUCAACUUGGCGCUGAAGGAUGGCGCCGUUUCCCUUGUGAUCAACCUGGGCUCCGGAGCCUUUGAAGCAAUCGUUGAGCCUGUCAACGGAAAGUUCAACGACAAUUCCUGGCAUGAUGUCAAAGUGACUCGCAACCUCCGUCAGGUGACCAUAUCGGUGGACGGGAUUUUGACCACCACGGGUUACACCCAGGAGGACUACACCAUGCUGGGCUCAGAUGACUUCUUCUAUGUCGGCGGAAGCCCCAGCACGGCCGAUCUGCCCGGAUCUCCUGUCAGCAACAACUUCAUGGGCUGCCUCAAAGAGGUGGUGUACAAGAACAACGACAUCCGCCUGGAGUUGUCUCGCCUGGCUCGUAUCAUCGACCCCAAGAUGAAGAUCCAGGGCGAGGUGGCCUACAAGUGUGAGAAUGUGGCCACCCUGGACCCCAUUUCUUUUGAGACUCCUGAGGCCUACAUCAGCUUGCCCAAGUGGAAUACCAAGCGCAUGGGUUCUAUCUCUUUUGAUUUUCGCACGACGGAGCCCAACGGCCUCAUCCUCUUCACCCACGGAAAACCACAGGAGCGAAAGGAUGCCGCCCGCAGUCAGAAGAACACCAAGGUGGAUUUCUUUGCAGUGGAGCUACUGGAUGGAAGCCUGUACCUGCUGUUGGACAUGGGCUCAGGGACCAUAAAGGUGAAGGCCACCCAGACCAAAGUCAAUGAUGGGGCCUGGUAUCAUGUGGACAUCCAGAGAGAUGGUCGCUCAGGCACCAUCUCCGUAAACAGCAGACGGACUCCAUUCACGGCCAGUGGCGAGAGUGAAAUCCUGGACCUGGAAGGCGAUAUGUACUUGGGGGGGCUUCCCACAGAUCGCGCUAACCUGAUUUUGCCGACCGAGCUGUGGACGGCGAUGCUCAACUACGGCUACGUGGGCUGCAUCCGGGAUCUCUUCAUCGACGGCCGAAGCAAAGACAUCCGGCAGAUUGCCGAAGCCCAAAAUGGUGCCGGAAUCAAACCUUCGUGCAACAAGCAACCUGGCAAACAAUGUGAGAGCUACCCUUGCAAGAACCGAGGGGCCUGCAAAGAAGGCUGGAAUCGAUUCAUCUGCGACUGCACCGGCACCGGGUAUUGGUCCCGCACUUGCGAGAGAGAGGCUUCCAUCCUCUCGUAUGACGGCAGCAUGUAUAUGAAAGUGGUGAUGCCGACCAUCAUGCACACGGAGGCAGAGGACGUAUCUCUGCGUUUUCGUUCCCAGAGGGCCUACGGCCUCCUGAUGGCCACCACCUCCCGAGACUCGGCCGAUACGCUGAGGUUGGAGUUGGACGGAGGCCGCGUCAAGCUGACGGUCAAUCUAGACUGUAUCAGGAUAAACUGUAACUCCAGCAAAGGACCGGAGAUGCUGUAUGCCGGGCAAAAGCUCAAUGAUAAUGAAUGGCAUACGGUGCGUGUGGUGCGCCGCGGCAAAAUCUACAAGCUAAUCGUUGACGAUGAUGUAGCAGAAGGUACUUAUUGCAUCAACCUGGGCUCAUGCUGUCAUGACUUUGUUACCCCACAUGUUGCCACCGAUAACACAGAUGCUUUCCACAGAGCAUGUAGAAAUGUAAUAUGGAGUGGCAGCCUGCAUCCCUCUAAUACUCUUAAUGUAAUUUUCUCCUUAAAUCAGCCCUUUUGUGUUAGUGUCAGACAGUGUUCUCUUUUCUUUUUCCUUUUUUUGUCUUUCUUUUCAAAAUUCCCAUCCCCUGCACCCUCCCCAUCUUCAGGCCAAAUGGUGGGUGACCACACGCGACUGGAGUUCCACAACAUCGAAACAGGCAUCAUGACGGAGCGCAAAUUUCUCUCAAGCAUUCCCUCCAGCUUUAUUGGUCAUCUCCAGAGCCUCAGAUUUAACGGCAUGCUCUACAUCGACUUGUGCAAGAAUGGUGACAUUGAUUUUUGCGAGCUCAACGCCCGCUUUGGGAUCCGUUCCAUUAUCGCCGAUCCAGUCACCUUCAAAUCCAAGAGCAGCUAUCUCAGCCUGGCCACCCUGCAGGCCUACACAUCCAUGCACCUAUUUUUCCAGUUCAAGACCACCUCCCCAGAUGGGUUCAUACUAUUCAACUCAGGAGAUGGGAGUGAUUUCAUCGCAGUGGAGCUGGUGAAAGGUUACAUCCACUAUGUGUUUGACCUGGGAAAUGGACCUAAUCUGAUCAAGGGGAAAAGUGAAAGGGCCCUGAAUGACAACCAAUGGCACAACGUCGCCAUCACCCGCGACAACAGCAACACCCAUACACUGAAGGUAGAUGCUACAGCUACAAGUCAGAGCAUCAACGGGGCCAAGAACCUGGACCUGAAAGGUGACCUUUUCAUUGCUGGACUGGGUCCCGGCAUGUAUGGUAGUCUGCCCAAAUUGGUGGCUUCCAGAGAGGGCUUCCAAGGCUGUUUGGCUUCGGUGGACCUGAACGGGCGCCUUCCAGACCUCAUCAGUGACGCGUUGUUUCGUAGCGGGCAGAUUGAGCGUGGAUGUGAAGGACCAAGCACCACCUGUCAGGAGGACUCGUGCGCCAACAUGGGUAUUUGCAUCCAGCAAUGGGAGAACUACACUUGUGACUGCUCCAUGACCUCCUACACGGGAACGCAGUGCAAUGACCCUGGGACCACGUACAUCUUUGGCAAAGGAGGGGGCCUCGUAACGUUCAAGUGGCCGGCCAAUGAGAGACCAAGCACCAGAACCGACAGGCUGACCGUGGGCUUCAGUACGUCCCUGAAAGAUGGCAUCCUUGUCAGGAUUGACAGCGCUCCUGGUCUGGGCGACUAUCUCAUGCUGCACAUACAACAAGGCAAAAUUGGUGUGACAUUCAACAUCGGGACGGUGGACAUCAGCGUGCAAGAAGGCAGCACCCCAGUGAAUGAUGGGAAGUAUCAUGUGGUCCGCUUUACCAGGAAUGGCGGUAAUGCAACUCUGCAGGUUGAUAACUGGUCCAUCAAUGAACACUUCCCAACAGGAAACAGUGACAUUGAACGCUAUCAAAUGGCCAAUAAGAAAAUUCCUUUCAAAUACUCCAGACCGGUAGAAGAAUGGCUACAAGAAAAAGGACGACAGCUGACCAUUUUCAACACUCAAGCCACCGUUGCGAUUGGCGGCAGCGACCGUGGUCGGCCGUUCCAGGGUCAGCUGUCGGGCCUUUACUACAACGGCCUGAAAGUGUUGAACAUGGCCGCAGAAAGCAACCCCAACAUCAAAAUUAACGGGAGCGUGAGGUUGGUGGGCGAUGUCCCCAGUGGUUCCACCAGGUCCACCGCCAUGCCCUCGGAUGUGUCCACCACCUUCAUCGAGACAACCACCAUGAUGUCCACCACCACCACACGGAAGCACAGAUCCUCUUCAACGAAGCAUGCAUCGGAUGACCUUGUAUCAUCUGCAGAGUGUUCCAGUGACGAUGAAGACCUGGAGGAGUGUGAAACUGGUCAUCCAGGUGGGCUAGCCAAAAGCUCUAUUGCCGCCCGACCGCCUCGUUCUGCCUUUACAUGGACAUGGCAACUGACUUACACUGUCACCCUCAUCAGCCUCAUUUCCUAUGUAACAUGUUCAUAGGUCCCGCCCCUUCUUCACCUGCUCCCUUCUUGGUAGAGUAUCUGAAAAUGUCAAGUCAAUUUAUUCAUUCUACUCUAUGAAAACAAAAUGAGAAUCCAAUAAUAUCGACAUAGAUUUUAGAUACUAUUGAAGUACUGCAGUGGAAAAAAAUGUAGAUAUGCAUUUUUGUAAAAACAACACAGAACAAAGCAAAUGAUUUACAGAUUGAGAGAUGAAAUAUAAGAAGAGAAUUAUGGUGUUUAUUUUCAUGUUUUGUGGUGUGGAUGUGUGUGCUGUUGCCUCCCUGUACUGUCAUGUUGAAGCUAGAAUACACGCUCCCAUGGGAAAUAAUACAGUAUUUUUAAUGCUACAAAGUGGAAAUCCAUUAUACAACUUUUACGUUGUAAUUCUUUUCUUUCUGCCAAAUUCAUGCGGGCAAUAUGUUGAUGUAAGUUGACCGUUUUUGGACUUUUCACUCCUUUCAAAUUGUUUACAUUGAUGCAGUUUGUAGCUUGACCAAGAUCCGGAUCCGUCUGCAUCGCUGCAGGUUGUCCCUAAAGUUGUCCCUAAAUUUGGCCCAAAGUUGUCCCCAAGGUUUCCCCAAAGUUGACCCCAAAGUUUCCCUAAAGUUGUCCCCAAAGUUUCCCUACAGCUGUUCCCAAAGUUUCCCUAAAGUUGUUCCCAAAGUUGACCCCAAAGUUUCCCUAAAGUUGUCCCCAAAGUUUCCCUAAAGUUGUUCCCAAAGUUUCCCUAAAGUUGACCCCAAAGUUUCCCUAAAUUUGUCGCUAAAGUUGUCCCCAAAGUUGUUCCUAAAGUUUCCCUGAAGUUGUUCCCAAAGUUGACCCUAAAGUUUCCCUAAAGUUGUUCCCAAAGUUUCCCUAAAGUUGUCCCCAAAGUUUCCCUAAAGUUUUUCCCAAAGUUUCCCUAAAGUUGUCCCCAAAGUUUCCCUAAAUUUGUCGCUAAAGUUGUCCCCAAAGUUGUUCCUAAAGUUGUUCCCAAAGUUGACCGCAAAGUUUCCCUAAAGUUGUCCCCAAAGUUUCCCUAAAGUUGUUCCCAAAGUUUCCCUAAAGUUGACCCCAAAGUUUCCCUAAAUUUGUCGCUAAAGUUGUCCCCAAAGUUGUUCCUAAAGUUUCCCUGAAGUUGUUCCCAAAGUUGACCCUAAAGUUGACUCCAAAGUUUCCCUAAAGUUGUUCCCAAAGUUUCCCUAAAGUUGUCCCCAAAGUUUCCCUAAAGUUGUUCCCAAAGUUUCCCUAAAGUUGUCCCCAAAGUUUCCCUAAAUUUGUCGCUAAAGUUGUCCCCAAAGUUGUUCCUAAAGUUGUUCCCAAAGUUGACCCCAAAGUUUCCCUAAAGUUUACCCCAAAGUUUCCCUAAAGUUGUUCCCAAAGUUGACCCCAAAGUUUCCCUAAAGUUGUCCCCAAAGUUUCCCUAAAGUUGUCCCCAAAGUUUCCCUAAAGUUGUUCCCAAAGUUUCCCUAAAGUUGACCCCAAAGUUUCACUAAAUUUGUCCCUAAAGUUUCCCUAAAGUUUCCCUAAAGUUGUUCCCUAAAGUUGACCCCAAAGUUUCCCUAAAGUUUCCCUAAAGUGGUCCCCAAAGUUUCCCUAAAGUGGUCCCCAAAGUUUCCCUAAAUUUUCCCUAAAGUUUCCCGAAAGUUGUUCCCAAAGUUUCAAAGUUACCACAAAAUUCUCCCUAAAAUUGUCCCUAAAGUUGACCCCAAAGUUGUCCCUAAAGUUACCACAAAAUUCUCCCUAAAAUUGUCCCUAAAAUUGUCCCUAAAGUUACCCCAAAGUUGGUCCCAAAUUUGUCCCUAAAGUCCGGACACAAAUACACACACAUUUUGGCAAUAAAUCAUAUCACAUAGUAAAUGCAAUUUCAAGUAUUGAUUUCAAUAUAUUUGUAGUUGUAGUAUUAUAUAUGAGCUUAUUUUUUACUUUUAAAAUGUUAUUUAUUUUUGUACAUGAUUCAGAUUUUUUUUCCAGCUUUUAGUAUGUGUAUGUGUCCUAUGUAGUACAUGACUUUAGGGACACCCUGUACACAGCAGACUAACCAAUAAAGAGGCAUACUGAUUCCACCUUUCAAGUAAAACCUGAAAGUACAUGCGUAACUAAAGUACUUCUUGUUGUACCAUUUGUUAUAAUUGCAGACAAUAUUGUGAGCCAACUGGUUGUUUGCCUGCUAUGCAAAAGCUUAUAAACUGCAUCGCUCACCGAUGUGUGGACAUUUGCAAGUGGAUAAUUCCUUAACAAUGUUUCAUGAUGUGAACAUGAAUAAAGUAUGAUUUAUAGAUUUGUGUGCUCGUGGAUGUAUACAGUAUGUUGGUGUUUCAUGUUUCAUGGUACGCACGUUUUUUUUAGUGCUGGAUACUUUCAAUGUCAAUGGCAGUUUCAAUGUUCACUUUAGCCAAAGCUGCUUUACGCUACAUUACAUUAAAAAAAAAAAACAUAUUUUUAAUUUCUACAUGCAUGUAUGUAUACAGUCAGUAUCUUCUCAGGGUGGGGGAUACGGCACAUUUUGACAUUGAUACGAUACCAACUGAAUACAUGGCGAGUAUUACCGAUACUGAUAACAUCAUUUAACUAGAAAAUAAUUUUGCCCUGAAUUUGUUGAUCAUAUUUAUAAUAAGAAUAAAACACAUUUUAGGUCAACAAAAAUAUAUUUGUAUCAACAAACAAAGCAAUAUCUAAGUAUAACACAUUUCAACAGGACAUUUGAAGAAUAUCAAAACAUUAAAUCAAUCGAAUAAACGGCCCUGUGAGUAUUUAUUGAUUAUGUGUACCGUAUACAAUAAAAUUAAGUCAUGGUGCAUAAUAAUUUAUAAACAGUGAUUAUCCAAAUGAAAUUUUUUGUUAUGAUACGAGUGUAAACGUGACUAAAGGGGGGUUAUAUCAUGGCUCCAGGACUCUAACACCUCCAUUCAGAAACCACAAACAGGUUUUCUAUCCUCCAACUACAAAAAUAUACAAUUUAAAAAUACGGAAUCCUAUUUCACGGAACUUCACUUAUCACUGAUAAGAGAACCAAUUAACUACAAUCAACAAGGGAAUACUGUACUUAUAUUAGGAUCGAUUUUCCCCUUGUGUGUACUGUUAACAUUGUGUCUAAACAGUCUUGUAAAAUAAUUGAGCAUUAUAAUUAUAAAUAAGUGUGGGACCGUGGAUGAAAAAGUUUUUUAAAAGUCUUAAGUUUUAAAGUCAAAUGUAAAGGCAACUUUCUAAGACCCAAGAAAAAUAUUUGGUUUCGUAGAAAGUUUUUAAGUUGCUUCAAAUUAGUUUAUUUUAUCAAUAUAUUAGAUAAAAAACACAAAACCUUUGCUUUGAAAUUCAUUUUCUACUGCUUAGCCUCACGAGGGGUGCGGGGUGCUGGAGCCUAUUCCAUCGGGGUCCACCCUGGACUGGUGGCCAGCCAAUCACAGGGCACAUAUACGUAGACAAACAACCAUUCACACUCACAUUCAUAGCUAUGGACAAUUUGGUUCAUGCUAACCACUCGACCACCGUGCAGCGCCGACUCAAAUAGUUGAGUAGUCUAAAAGUGAAGUUGAAGUUCAAGAAAACGUGAGAAGGGAGGAACCUGACUUGGCGUCAAACAUGAAUCCUAACGCUAACAUCACUUGUGGUUGGCUUUCAUUUCAUUUGUAAAAAUGACAGCAGCGUUUCAUAUUUCAAAUUCUUUCACGGGGAGUCUGGUUGGGUGUUCUUCAAAAGGUGAGCAUGAAGGUGACUUUGUUCUGCCAUUGACAUCGUAUCAAUACUUUCUUUGUUACAGAGCUGUCAAUGUGUCAAUUCAAUUUAAUAUAAGAAAUGGGAAGAAUCUCAAUAUUGGGGUGCCAGUAAGGUAAAUAUUAUUUUAUGUCAAAUUAUUAUUAAGCGAUGGUGGAGAAGAACAAAAGCAAAGCUUUGUUGGACGUUUCUUGUAGUUGGCCGUAUGGUUUUGCCUCUCAAGAGGGAUUUUGGUCCAAUCCUCUUGACCGAUACUCUCCAAAUCCUGAAGGUCUUGAGGCUGUCGUUUGGCCGUUUCAGCUCUUUCCACAGAUUUGCGAUAUAGGACUAAGGUCUAGGGACUGGCUGGGCCACUCCAGGAUUCUCCUCCUGGACAGGAUGGCGUCUUUCCAUUCUGCCUUGGUCAGUCUUUAACAAAUAUUUGGAAUUGUUCAAAGUCCCGUCCUGCUGCACAUGUUUUGAUCCUAGAGCCCACGAAAUCUCAGCAUCUUGGAAUGACGUCAUUUGACGUAGUGUGAGAGUAUUAAGUUCAGUCACGCUUCCGAUUCAUAUCCAGACACGUUAUGAAGGCAAGAACGGAGCUUUGACAUCCACGACUCAAUUGGGCGAAUUUUUCCAGCCUGUUAGCCUUCAGCUCUGUAUCACAGAAAUAUUUGUACAACUUUGGUUUGUGUUCAUCGUGAGACGCCAACGAGAGGUUUAAGGUGGAUACCUCACUUUGGAGAGCCACUGAAUCUGUCAUUUCAAAAACUAUUUCAACGUUUCGUACCGGAUGAAUGACUGCAUCCUGAGAACUUCUUAAAACUGUAUUUCGUUGUAGCAGAUUGGAUAUUUGACUUCUGUGGCUCAUCCUACCAAGUACUUAAGCCUUUCGUAAUGGCACCAAAUCGUGGAUGAAAAUCUGUGGCUUGAUUCUAUUUUGAUUUGGCAGUCUUUUCAACGUGCUACGCCAAGUUCUUUGUUCUAGUCUCUGCUAGUCUGACUGUAAUCCGUCCCAGUGACCAUGCCUCCGCCUAACAUUCUGGAUGUCUGUGUUAA